GUAAGAUUUGAUUUGCUCACCUCUUUAAUUCGAUGCUUUCAUAUGUCCACGACGAAACUACAACACGAUAGAGAGUACGUACAAGUAGAGUAAAUUUGUAUUUCUCCUAAAUUCGGUAUCUACUACCUAUACCUAUAUUUGUGGAGUUAAUACCAUACGGAGUCAUAUCCCAAACACGACCACGACUCAAUCGAAGAAUUCUACAUACCGAGCGCAGCUUUCGAAACUUCAUCAAGAAUGGUGUUGCCCGUCCCUUUGAUAAGACUCCAAUGUGGAGUGAACUCCUAUGACUGGGGCAAGAUUGGAUCUGAUUCUGCUGCAGCAAAGUUUGCCGCAGCAACGCCCUCAGAUACUUUGAGCAUCCAGUCAGACAAGCCAUACGCCGAGUUAUGGAUGGGCACGCAUCCUUCGAAUCCGUCCAAAGACCUCCAGUCUGGCCGGACCCUACUUGACUUGGUUGAGGAGAAUCAGAUGCUUCUAGCACCGUCAGUGAGGGCGAGAUAUGGCACCAAGCUACCCUUCCUCUUCAAGGUGCUUUCCAUAAACAAAGCCCUCUCCAUUCAAGCCCAUCCCAACAAGAAGCUUGCCGAGCAAUUGCAUGCCAGAGAUCCAAGAAACUACCCCGACGACAACCACAAACCCGAGAUGGCCAUUGCCAUAACUGAUUUCGAAGGUCUAUGUGGAUUCCGCCCGCUCGCCGAAAUUGCUCAUUUUCUAUCAUCGGUGCCCGCUCUGCGACAAUUAGUGGGUGAAGAUGCUGCAAAAGCUUUCAUCGCCACGGUUCGAGGCCAGGAGAGUGAUGAUUCAUCUGAAUCCAAAACGCAAAAUAAGAGAGCGCUACAGUCUGCCUUUGCCGCUCUCAUGAACUCUUCCCAGGAAGACGUGGCCUCGGCUUCUAAAGCGCUAGUUUCAGACGCCGAGAGUAAAGGAGCCGAAUUCGCGGAUGGUGGAGUUGAGUCGACUAGCGGAGCUGUCCUAUCUGAGUUAGUGGCUCGGUUGAACAAGCAAUUCCCUGAUGACAUUGGCCUCUUCGUCCUAUUCUUCCUUAACUUCGUCAAGCUUUCUCCCGGUGAAGCUCUCUUCCUUAAGGCAGAUGACAUCCACGCCUACGUAUCGGGAGAUAUCAUUGAGUGUAUGGCAGCAAGUGACAAUGUCGUUCGAGCAGGAUUUACGCCAAAGUUCAAGGAUGUCCAGACCUUAGUUGAUCUGCUCACUUACAACUAUGCCCCUAUCGAGGAGCAGAAGAUGGAGCCGACUGAGUACCCAUACGUCGUGCUCAACCGUACCGCUUACAGCUCUGGCUCGGAUGCAACUCUGUAUGAUCCGCCGAUCGACGAGUUCAGUGUCAUCAGAACGGUCCUCAACGGUGAUAAAUCGAAAGCUACUUUCGACCCUCUCGAUGGACCAAGCAUCGUCAUCUGUACCGGGGGCAAGGGUAAGAUCACGGUUGGGCCUAAGACGGAGGAAAUCAAGGAAGGAUAUGUCUUCUUUGUUGGCGCCACCGCGGAGUUGGUACUAGAAUCUGAAGGUGGUCCGGAUGAUUCGUUUACGACCUUCAAGGCGUUCUGCGAGGUUGAAGAUCACAGUAACGGCGCGUCGCUAUAACCAAAGCUACGCAAGAGAAUGUCGGUCGAGCCAGGGAUUGCGUCUGGGAAUAUCCUUAUGAGGUUUGCUUCAAACAAAAAGGAGGUGCAAAUCUUAUUGUACUUAAUGGCGAAGUAUUAUGGACGGCCACGACUGAUUUGAGCCUACUGGGCCUGGAAAAAUUACACUUAAUUCUCCUUACCCUAGAUGCUUUGCGUCAUCGAGAUAUCCUAAAAAUACCUGGGUCCUUCAGCUCUAGCUACGUCCUAGACAAGAUUAGAAACCUGACUGUUUACAUUACGAACUGGUGUCCCUUUUAGAAAUGAUUGCGAUGAUUGCUUGAUAGGAGAUUGAUCGAAAUGGCCUAAGCGUUUAUUCUCCGUGCUUACCCGCUUAUCAGCCUUUUUACAGGUACCUGUCUACCCGUCAGGGGAAACCGGCCGUCUAACCUUAUUGGGCACCCAGCGCGUUUCCUAGCGUGAUACUGUAGCGCGUGUGAGCCCUUACAUGUAGCAGCUUUAGGUGCUGCGGUCACUGUAAUGGUUUUUGUACCCGCCUGGGAG